AUGGAGGCGCUGCUGCUGGGCGCGGGGUUGCUGCUGGGCUUCUACGUGCUGGUCUACUACAACCUGGUGAAGGCCCCGCCUUGCGGCGGCAUCGUGAGCCUGCGGGGCCGUACCGCGGUGGUUACGGGCGCCAACAGUGGCAUCGGGAAGAUGACGGCGCUGGAGCUGGCGCGCCGAGGAGCGCGUGUGGUGCUGGCCUGCCGGAGCCAGGAGCGCGGUGAGGCCGCCGCCUUCGACCUCCGCCAGGAGAGUGGGAACAAUGAAGUCCUCUUCAUGGCCUUGGACUUGGCCAGUCUGGCCUCCGUGCGGGCCUUUGCUACUGCCUUCCUGAGCUCUGAGCCACGGCUGGACAUCCUCAUCCACAAUGCCGGGAUCAGUUCCUGUGGCCGGACCCGCGAGCCUUUUAACCUGCUGCUUCGAGUGAACCACAUCGGCCCCUUCCUGCUGACACAUCUGCUGCUGCCCCGGCUGAAGACUUGCGCCCCUAGCCGCGUGGUGGUGGUAUCCUCAGCUGCCCACCGGCGAGGGCGCCUGGACUUCACGUGCCUGGACCGCCCGGUGGUGGGCUGGCGGCAGGAGCUGCGGGCAUAUGCUGACAGUAAGCUGGCCAAUGUAUUGUUUGCCAGGGAGCUCGCCACCCAGCUCGAGGGCACUGGCAUCACCUGCUAUGCAGCCCACCCAGGGCCUGUGAACUCAGAGCUGUUCCUGCGCCAUGUUCCUGGAUGGUUGCGCCCACUUUUGCGCCCACUGGCUUGGCUGGUGCUCCGGGCACCAGGAGGGGGUGCCCAGACGCCCCUGUACUGCGCUCUACAGGAAGGCAUUGAGCCCCUCAGUGGAAGAUACUUUGCCAACUGCCAUGUGGAGGAGGUGCCUCCAGCUGCCAGAGAUGACCGGGCAGCUCACCGGCUGUGGGAGGCCAGCAAAAGGCUGGCAGGGCUUGGACUGGGGGAGAAUGCUGAAUCCAAUGAAGACCCCAAGCCUGAGGACCAGGGACGCCCAUCUUCUCUGAACAGUCCCCACCCUGAGGAGCCCACGGUUUCUGAAUCCUACCCCAGCCCUCAGAGCUCACCAGACUUGUCUAAGGUCAUACACCGAAUUUGGGUUAAAGCUGAACCUGAGCCCCAAGCAUCCUAACCCCCAGUCUAGGAUUCUUGUUAUGGCACUUAGUGACCCUUGAAAACCUUAGCUGUGUGCCUGUCCUUGGCCUGGCCACUGAGGAGUUUGCAGUUUUUACCUCCGUGGUUAUUACUUUCUGGGGCUUCAAGUUAUGACCUGGACAACAGCUCUUUUCCUAGUGGAGGGAAAUAAUGGGUGAUUAUUUCUUCCUGAGAAUGACAGUAACCCAAGUUUGAGAGGCUGUGUGUGUGUGUGUGUGUGUGUGUGCCAGACACCACUUCUCAGGAAUUUGGAUUUCGUAUUUUCAGGCACCACCCUCAGUGAUGUUGAUCAGUUCUAGAUGAGGGCCUGGGAAUUUGUAACUUGAUGUACUGCCAAUAUUGAGAAUUACUGAACUGGGCCUUUUGCGACCAUGUAGCUAGAUAGUAAAUUAUUUCCGUUUUACAGAAACAGGGUUAGGCAGCAGAGGUAAGGGAUUCGCCCAACGUCUCACAGUAAUACUAGGGACUAACAUUCGAAGCCAGGUAUUCUGGCUCCAGGGCCCGCUGCUGCAAGGUGGCUGUUGGGGAGCAGGGGGUGAGGCGAGGCAGGGCGGGGCGAUUGUUAUCGAGGCGCCCCGUGGGAGUAGAAGAACGCCUUUCCGGAGCUUUAGGGCUAGGCCCCGCGAUCCCGACCCGCGUGCAAUAAAGCGCGUUG